AUGAUUCACGAAAGUAUUCAAGGAGCCCUCCAGGGGCAUUAUCUAACAAUAACCGCUGGUAUAUUAGUUCUCUCCUUGGUAGGAAAAUGUUUUUACGAGUUGUACAUCAACCCUCUGCAUAAGAUCGCCGGUCCGAAGCUGGCGGCGAUUACCCGUCUGGUGCAUAUGUAUCACUCCCUUAUGGGCGAUGAGCAUGUUUGGGUGAGAAACCUGCAUCUGGCCUACGGAGACACUGUCCGGAUCUCGCCCGAUCAAGUCAGCUACUCGUGCGCCGACGGAUGGAGAGAUAUCUACGGCCAUGCCAGUGCAACAAAGAAAUCCACUGAAAAGGACAUGCGGUUCUUCGGCACCACACUUAAUAGAACUCCGGACGUCAUUCGUGCCAAAGCUGCCGAUCAUUCACGCUUUCGUCGAAAUUUUUCACAUGCUUUCUCGGACAAGGCUUUGCGCGAGCAGCAGCCACUCAUCGCUCAUUAUGCGGACUUGCUCAUCGAGAAGCUCCGAGAAGUUGUCCAAGCAGAUCCCAAGGCCAAGAUCGAAAUGGUUUUGAUGUACAAUCUGACCACAUUCGACAUUAUGGGUGACUUGACAUUCGGAGACCCACUGAAUCUGCUGAAAGGUACCGGCAACGUGGGGUGGGUGACAUCGAUCUUCUCCAGUGUGAAGAUUAAUUCACUCCGACGUGUCGCACGAUACUAUCCAUGGUGUUCUUAUUUCUUAAACUCUCUUCUCCCUCGGUCCUUGAAAAAACGACAAGCGUCUCAUUACCAGUCAUGCAAGGACCGGGUAGACUGGCGGGUUGACCAGAGCCUGGAUCGCCCCGACAUUUGGGGCCUGGUCAUGUCGCAGAAAGAGUCCCUGCGCUUGAGCCGCGAAGAAAUGUACGCCAACUCACAACUGUUCAUGGUAGCUGGGACGGAAACCACCGCAACGGCGUUGAGCGGCCUCACGUAUCAAUUGUUGCUGAAUCGUGACAAAAUGGAGAAAAUCACCAAGGAGAUUCGAGACGCCUUUGAGCGAGAUUCGGACAUCGAUAUGCUGCGGUUAGCACAGUUGAAGUACUUGAACAUGUGUAUCGACGAGGGCCUUCGGAUGUAUCCCCCUGUCCCUACCGGGAUGCCCCGUCUCACUCCGAAGGAGGGUAUGGAGAUCUGCGGCGAAUAUAUGCCUGGCAAUACGGCUGUCUCCGUACACCACUGGGCGACAUAUCGCAACCCACGAAACUUCACCCGGCCAGACGACUUUCUUCCGGAGCGAUGGGGUAACGACCCGCAGUUUGCUGGCGACGACAAGGCUGCUUUCCAGCCCUUCUCUUUCGGCCCUCGCAACUGUCUAGGGAAGAAUCUCGCCUAUCAUGAGAUGCGACUCAUCCUAGCCAAGGUCCUGUACCACUAUGAUCUAAACCUAGCACCUGAAUCAGUGGGCUGGGACAAGCAGAAUACGUGGACGCUGUGGCAAAAAAAUCGAUUGAUGGUUCAACUGACCCCCCGGGCUUAGACGGAAGCCAUCGAUGAACAUCUGAGUGUCUAGUAAGGAUGGGAGAUUGUGUACAGGGUUAGGUUAAGACCUGUUAGUGUCCAGAGCAUAUGGGAUUGACCUAUGCCGGCGAAAGUUGAUAGCGAUGUUCCUUU